AUGGCACCUAAUUGGGCUCUAGACAUGGCUAUGAGCAAAAGAUUGUGUAUAAAUACUGCAUCAGAAGACAUCUCCAGAGAUUCAUUUUUCCCAUCAACCAUACCACAACCCAACUUUCCACAAAUAUUCAACCAUCUUUUGUUCUUUUGUUCUCCUUUAAAUACCAAAGAAACGCUAACUAAGCUCAACAGCUUAAGACCCCAUCCAGUCAUGUCUCGUGCCGUUGCCGAUUUCUUCAAGAAAGCCAGGAAGGAGUUCAACCUGGCCAAGAAAUUUCGAUCAAUUUUCAGCCCCGGCAGUCGUAUUCUUCCUUCGAGGACCUCAAAAAAUGACACCAAGUUCCAGCUCCGCAUCGAUGCUGGCGAGCUUAUCAACAACCGCUACCGCCAGCUGAUCCUACAGGUCAACUCUCAAGCUACUACUCCCGGUUUGAGAGAUUGGGUGAAGAAGUACGGAACCCACGCGAAGUUGGCCGAGGAGCGAUUCGAUACUCUAGCAGAGGACCCAGAAGCUGAGGUGGAACGUGUCGUCGAAAGUUUGGAAGGUCAAGCAAAGACAUCAUUGAAGAAUUAA